AUGGCUUGCUUUGGCUUCCAGAGUCAUGGGGCUCGGCUGGACCUGGCUUCUGGGACCUGGCCCUGUACUGCCCUGUUUUCUCUUCUCUUCAUCCCCGUUUUCUCUAAAGGGGUGCACGUGGCCCAGCCCGCAGUGGUGCUGGCCAGCAGUCGGGGUGUUGCCAGCUUCGUCUGUGAAUAUGGGUCGUCAGGCAAAGCCACCGAGGUCCGGGUGACGGUGUUGCGGAAGGCAGGCGGCCAGCUGAACGAAGUCUGCGCCGCGACCUACAUGGUGGAAGAUGAGCUGACCUUCCUGGAGGAUUCCACUUGCACUGGCACCUCCAGUGGGAACAAAGUGAACCUCACCAUCCAAGGGCUGAGGGCCACGGACUCCGGGCUCUACAUCUGCAAGGUGGAGCUCAUGUACCCGCCGCCCUACUAUGUGGGCAUGGGCAAUGGAACCCAAAUUUACGUCAUUGAUCCAGAACCAUGCCCGGAUUCUGAUUUCCUCCUCUGGAUCCUGGCAGCAGUUAGUUCAGGGUUGUUUUUCUACAGCUUCCUCAUCACAGCUGUUUCUUUGAGCAAAAUGCUAAAGAAAAGAAGCCCUCUUACUACAGGGGUCUAUGUGAAAAUGCCCCCAACAGAGCCAGAAUGUGAAAAGCAAUUUCAGCCUUAUUUCAUUCCCAUCAAUUGA